AUGCUUCUCCCUACCCCACUGGCUACGCUGCUUGUCCUAGCUUUACGCGCGCUCGGCGGUCAAGUGCCGGUCUUGGAUGGAGUGCCGGGAGGGACGGCUGUCCAUAAUAGGGCUAUGAUCGGGAAGGCCAUACCACAGAUCUCGCAAAUUACCGCCUCGCCCGGGAAGUUGCGUGUUGUUGAGAACAGUGGCGUAUGCGAGACUACACCUGGUGUCUAUCAGGCGUCAGGGUAUGGGGACAUAGCGUACAAGAAGAGCAUUUGGUUCUGGUUCUUCGAAGCUCGUGUAAACCCGGAUCAAGCUCCUCUCACCGUCUGGCUGAAUGGCGGCCCCGGAAGCUCCAGCAUGAUUGGAUUAUUCCAGGAGCAUGGGCCAUGCCGCAUAGUCAGUGAUAGUAGUGGCGUUGUUUCUAACCCAUAUUCUUGGAACAAUGUAUCUAAUAUGCUGUACAUUGAUCAACCCGUUGGUGUUGGAUUUUCCCAUGGCGAGCUGGAUGUCCGUACAUCGGAACAGGCCGCUGCGGACAUGUGGACAUUUCUCCAGAUUUUUUUCACAGACUCGAAAUUUAGCAAAUAUCAGCAAAGCGAUUUUGCUCUCUGGACAGAGUCAUACGGAGGUCAUUAUGGUCCUACAUUCGCCGCAUAUUUCCUACAGCAGAAUACCAAAAUUUCUAGCGGAACAUUGAAUGCUAUGCGCAUUAAUAUGAAAUUCCUUGGUGUGGGGGAUGGUUUGACAGAUCCCCUGUCGCAAUAUCCUGGAUAUAUGCGUUAUGCUGUUUCGAAUCCGUACCAUCCCCUAGUGUCAGAUGUGGAAUUGAGCGCGGCGACCACGUUUUGGAACCAGCCUUACGGGUGUAAGGAUAAUAUCACGGCUUGUUACAGGAAUGGUUCUGAUGCCAUAUGUGCCGACGCGCAAACCUGGUGUAACAACAAAAUUCUUGGCCCGUUAUCAGGCAAUUACGACGUCUACUAUGUUCUUUCAGAGAAUUCUGAUCCUUAUACACCUGAUCCUACCAAUUACCUUAAUGACGCGACGUUCAUGAAACAAAUUGGUGCGGAGAGUCCGUGGCAAGAAACCAAUCUCGAUGUGUACGCAAACUUCCUGGGAACCGGCGAUUGGAUGAGAAACUCGAGGCCCCUCCUUGAAACCGUCAUUGAUGCAGAUGUUCGAACUGUGAUUUAUGAUGGCGACGCGGAUUAUAUCCUAAAUUACAUGGGAGUGGAAGCAAUGGUAAACAAUUUGCAAACCAAGUUUACGAAGGAGUAUGCCGAACAGGAGUUCACAAAUUGGACCGUGCAUGGCGAAUCGGCCGGCAUCUAUAAGAACGCAGGGACAUUCUCAUAUGUCCGUAUUUUUGGCGCUGGCCAUGAGGUCGCUGCCUACGGAUACAGAAGUCUCAGCCGGGGCGAAGCUGCUUUGCAGAUGUUCAGCCAGAUCAUGAACGAUCGCUUGCUUUAUUCAACUUAA